UCGCCAUUAUUAGCAUUGAUUGUGGCAUUUGUGUGAAKUGAUUACUACGUGCUGUUUUGUUCAUGACAAAAAAGUUUUUAUAUAUUGCUUCAUAGAAAUAUUAAUAUUUUACUGGUGUAAAUAAAUAUCUAUAAAAAACAUGUCUCGCAGUGAAAGUCGCAUAUAUGUUGGAAACUUACCUCCAGAUAUUCGAACAAAGGAUAUUCAAGAUCUAUUUCACAAAUUCGGUAAAGUAUCAUUCGUAGAUUUGAAAAAUAGGCGUGGUCCGCCAUUUGCWUUUGUUGAAUUCGAUGAUGCACGCGAUGCUGAAGACGCAGUAAAAGCCCGCGAUGGUUACGACUAUGAUGGAUAUAGAUUACGUGUGGAAUUUCCCCGUGGUGGUGGACCAGGUAGUUUUCGAGGAAAUCGAAAUGACCGAAAUAGAAAUGAUGGCGGCCGUGGUGGAGGCGGUGGCGGUCGUGGACCACCAACUAAACGUUCUCAAUAUCGAGUCAUGGUUACAGGUUUGCCAUCGUCUGGCUCAUGGCAAGAUUUAAAAGACCAUAUGAGAGAAGCGGGUGAUGUGUGCUUUGCUGAUGCGUAUAAGGAUGGAACAGGUGUUGUAGAAUUUUUGCGCCAUGAAGACAUGAGAUAUGCAAUAAAAAAAUUAGAUGAUUCCCGCUUUAGGUCGCAUGAGGGUGAGGUUUCAUAUAUUCGUGUUCGAGAGGAUAAUGUUGAAGGCGAUCGUGGUGGACGUGAUAAUCGCGACAGGUCCCGGUCAUUUUCUCCGCGCGCACGCCGCCGUGGUACUCCUACAUAUUCUCCUCUACGCCGCUCAUAUUCCAGGUCAAGGUCUCGUUCACGCUCAAAUUUUUAAUUUAAUAUUCUUACAAGUUUUUAAAUAUUCACACAAACUCAACCAAAUAACUAUAAUAAUUGGAAGAAUAACAGAGAAUAACAUCCGAAAAUUGAUGAUUUAUGUGCCGAUGAUUAUAUACAAUUAUUCUUUAAAUCUCACAAGUAUAUUUUGCGGUUUUGUUGAAAUUUAUCUCUAAAGUACUCAAUACAAAGUGAAAUAUCUUAUUUUUUCACAACUAGGUUCUCAGAAACUUACAUUCGAACUUAACAUAGUUACACGCAGUAAAUUUUUGCGAAGAAAUUGAAAUAUUUGUUAUGAAU